CGUGCUAUACAAGUUUAGAUUGAGGAAAGAGCAGAAGGGGAGAAGCCAACAAUACAUCAGUUUUGGUUAAGUGAGAGAAGAUGGAAGGAGAAGAGCAGACAUCACUAUGGAACAAAGAAACAGUGCCGAAAGUGAUGAAAAUAGUGAGCACAAGACUUCCUCAAAGAGACCUCAUCUCUCUUCUUCUUGUCAGCCCUUGGCUUCACCGCACUCUACUUUCCUCCCCUUCCCUUUGGCUUGCUAUUGAUUUACGUGAGAUGAAUAAUGCUGGAGAUCGACUUAUAGCUGCUGUUUCACUGCCAAGAUAUCAGCAUGUGAAGCAAAUAAGCCUUGAAUUUGCACGAGAUAUAGAUGACGGACAUCUCGAAAUCCUUAAGAACAAGUGUUUGGAUUCACUUCAAGGCCUUGAGUCUUUAAAUCUGAAUGGCUGUCAAAAGAUAUCUGACAAAGGAAUUGAAGCUAUAACUAGUUGUUGUCAUAAAUUGAAGGUUUUCUCUAUCUAUUGGAAUGUAAGGGCAACUGAUAUAGGCGUGAAGCAUCUGGUGACGAACUGCAAACAUAUAAUUGAUUUAAACUUAAGUGGCUGUAAGAAUUUAUCAGAGAGAAGUUUGCAAUUAGUAGCUGACCAUUACCAAGAGUUGGAGUCGUUGAAUCUGACUAGAUGUGUCAAGAUGACAGAUAGUGGCUUGCAACAAAUAUUGAUUAGGUGUUCCUUUCUCCGAAGUUUAAAUCUUUAUGCACUUUCCAGCUUCACAGAUGAAACUUACAAGAAGAUAUCUGUUCUAGCUCAUCUAAGAUUCCUAGAUUUGUGUGGUGCACAGAAUCUCUCAGAUGAAGGACUUUCCUGUAUAGCUAAAUGCAAGAAUCUUGUAUCUCUCAAUUUAACAUGGUGUGUACGUGUCACUGAUGUGGGGGUCAUAGCAAUUGCUGAAGGUUGCACCUCUCUUGAAUUUCUCAGUUUGUUUGGGAUAGUUGGGGUAACUGACAAGUGCCUUGAGGCCCUUUCCAAGUUUUGCUCAAAUACAAUCACGACUCUUGAUGUUAAUGGAUGUAUUGGUAUUAAGAGACGAAGCCGUGAUGAUUUACUCCAGUUGUUCCCAUAUCUGAGUUGCUUCAAAGUGCAUAGCUGAUGCGGUGGUUUAAUGGGUGUGAAGCAGCUACACAUACGCACGCAUUAAAGCAAGGAUGCCUCCUUCAAAGGUGUUAUGUUAAAUGAGGUAAGGCCUGUCAUGUAAAAGAGAGAAUCAGUUGUCGUUGUUUAGACAUGAAAAAGAAAAUGUAACGAUGGCAAUUAAUUGCUUUUGUUUAAGUGAGCCUCAAUUGAAUUUGGACAUCAGAAGGGAUGGGGAAAAAAAGAACAUUUUGGUACUUCACAGAA